AUGUCAGUGUCCGAGACUCUCGACUGGCUCGGUUUGAGCAAGACUGUCCCGAGAGUCAAGGUCACUACGCUGCCUGCGUCGUUCUUCAAGUUCCCUCCCUCAUCCGAACCGACAACUCUGCCUCCUCCAUCAGACCAUCCAACGCUCGCGCACCCAUUUACGAUCCCUUCCAGCCUCUACAAUGGCCUCCUCUCGCCCAAUGUACCCAUCACAAUUGCCUUGGUUUACAUGACGUUUGUCACUUUCAUGAACUCGGUGAAUGCGAACCGCAAAUACAAGCCCUGGGCAUUUAGCAGAACACGAGUCUUCAAACUCCUGGUCAUACUCCAUAAUGUCUUUCUGGCGACGUACUCUGCAUGGACAUGUGUCGGGAUGAUAAACGCCUUAAACUUGUGUCUACCAGAAUGGAACGAAGAGACGAGCAUCGCGGCAACAGUGGAUGCGCUGUGCAAGAUGCAUGGACCUCGAGGACCUGGAAAUGCUGCGACUUACAACACGACUACGAGUGCCUGGACCAUGACGAAUCGUCUAUUUCACCUUGCCGCAGACGGUCUUACGCCUGAGAGCACAGAUGUGGGCAGGAUCUGGAAUGAAGGAUUGGCAUUCUAUGGCUGGCUCUUUUACCUAUCCAAAUUCUAUGAGGUGAUAGAUACAUGUAUCAUCCUGGCGAAAGGGAAGAAGAGCAGCUUGUUGCAAACAUACCACCAUGCGGGAGCCAUGUUAUGCAUGUGGGCAGGAAUCAGAUAUAUGUCCCCUCCUAUUUGGAUGUUUGUCCUUGUGAACUCCGGCAUCCACGCCAUCAUGUACACCUUUUACCUCUUCUCUGCGCUGGGCAUUCGAGUGCCGAAAUGGUUCAAGCAAUCCUUGACGACUCUUCAGAUCGCCCAGUUUGUGGUCGGAGCUACUUAUGCCUUUUCACAUCUCUUCGUCGCCUAUCAAAUCCCGGUUAGUGUGCCUUACCUUUACGACCUUGGAGGAGUGGCUUCGAAGGCCGUGCCAAGUGCGCCAACCGAUAUCUCCUCCGUCGCGUCCACAGCAAUGUCCAUAGCAUCCGCAGGUAUAGGCGCCUGGUUGAAGAAGGCUGCUCUGCGUGCCGCCGGCCAUGAGGGUCUUGCCGCAAACGUUGUCAACGAGGAAGGUCGCCCGUUCGGAAAUGAUGCCGUUCGCAUUGUUGAACAGCUGAUUGCUAGGGAAGAAACAAGAUACAAGGAUGAAUUGCGAUGGGUGAACUGCCUGGAUACAAGUGGUCAAGUGUUUGCUAUCCUGCUCAACUGCAUGUACCUUGCACCUCUGACCUGGUUGUUCGUACAAUUCUUCAUCACUUCUUACCUGAAGCGAAUGGAGAGGAGGCGGAGCAGCACUGCCAGCGAGAGAGCUAUUCUGGCCCGGAAAAGUCUCCAAGAUGCGUCCAAGGAACUCGCCCAGAGCCUGACGGAUGUCGUGGAACAAAUGCACCGAACAUCCGAGGACAUUGGAGAAGAUGCUGUGACCGUCGAUGGAGAAGAAGUCAAGAAAGAAUUGAAAGAGGCUGCAGAACAAGCAAAAAUCAACACCAAGCGAGGGUUGGAAAAGAUGCAGCAGACUCUGUCAAGGGUUGACCCCCAAAAGGUUAAAGAGGAGGUUCAGCGAGAUGUGGAGAAGGUCAGGAAGAAUUUACAAGAGACCGUCGAUAAAGCGAAAGUUGCGGCAACUGGAAAAGCUGAUGACGAGACCAAAGAGGAGAUAAAAUCUGAGGUGCAAUCGGCAAAGGAGAGCACUGCCAAAGCUGUUGAAAUGGCUAUGCGGAACGUCAAGUCUGCGGCUGAGACGGCCAAAGAGGAAAUAACAAGUAUUCCUAGCGAGGAGACUACGGAAAAGGUCGAGUCUGCGGCUGACAACACCACAUCGAGUGCUGCAGAAGUGAAAGAUGAAGUGAUCGAGACAGCCGAGAAAACAGCCGACGAACCCGACGAACCCGACGAACCUGCAGCAGCUGCAACCGAGUCAGUAAAUGGUACAGUCGAGGAUGUGAAGGAAAAAGAAGAGGAAUCAACAACUGAAGCAGUUAAAGACGAAAAGUCCCCAAACGAAAAUGGCACCGGCGCCGAAGAGGUGACCGGUCAGCCAGAGGUAGAGACAGUGACGGACAGCGAGGAGAAUAAAGAGAAGAAACAGGAGGGGCAAGAGGGGCAGGAGGGGCAAGAGGAACAGGAGAAACAGGAGAAACAGGAGGAGCAGGAGCAGGAGGAGCAGGAGGAGCAAGAGGAGGAACAGGAGGAGGAACAGGAGGAGCAAGAGGAGAAACAGGAGGAGAAACAGGAGGAGGCACAGGAGGAACAGGAGGAACAGGAGAGACAGGAGGAGCAGGAGAAACAGGAGAAGCAGGAGAAACAGGAGGAGGAACAGCAGGAACAGGAGGAACAGGAGGGGCAGGAGAGACAGGAGAAGCAGGAGGAACAGGAGGAACAGCAGGAACAGCAGGAACAGCAGGAGCAGGAGGAAGAUAAGAUCGUUGGUGAGAAUCAGGAUGUGAGAGACGAGGAUAUCAAAGUUGAUGAGGGCAAAACAGACGAAGAGAAUAAGAAAGAAGAGGAUGACAAGACAAGUGUGGACACGAAGAGGGCAAAUUCUACUAACGCUGCGAAAGAGUGA